AUGUGGUGCUGCAUCGCCGACAGCGGCGUCGAGGUCGAGGAGGGGGGCCGGAGGCAACACAGGCACGACAACGCGGAUGACGCCGCGGUGCGGGGACGAGGCGACCUCACCCUGACGGCGCCGCAGCGCUGGGGAAACCAGAGCGACGACAAUCCGAAGGAGCGGUCCAGGCGACACGGCUUCCGGAAUAUCGCCGAAGGGCUGCUGCAGCUGUACGCGGAGAAGCUGCUGCCGCUGGAGCGGGCCAGCCAGUUCCACUACUUCCACCAGCCAGAGAUCCCGCCCGCCUACUUCUCCAGCCGGCCGGUGAUCCUGCUGAUGGGCGCCUUCUCCACCGGGAAGACGACCUUCGUCCAGCACCUGAUCGGUGACCUGUAUCCGAAUGCGCAGAUCGGGCCCGAGCCAACAACCGACAGGUUCGUGGCAGUCUGUCACGGGCAGGAGCCUCAGAUCAUUCCGGGCAAUGCCCUGGUGUAUGACCAGAGCCUCCCAUUCACGCCGCUGCGCGCCUUUGGGAACAGCUUCUUGUCCAGACUGGAGUGUGCACGGAUGCCCAACCCGGUGCUCGAGGGCGUCACGUUCAUCGACACCCCAGGGGUGUUGUCAGGCGAGAGGCAGCGGUUGAAGCGCGGCUACGAUUUCGAGGAGGUGAUGCAGUGGUUCGCCGAGCACGCUGCGAUGAUCAUAUUGUUUUUCGACGCUCACAAGCCAGACGUGUCUGACGAGCUCAUGCGGUGCAUUGCAGUCCUCAGCCCGUACGUGAACAAGGUCCAUGUGGUCAUGAACAAGGCUGACCAGGUCUCCACCCAGCAGCUGCUCAGGAUCAACGGGGCGCUCAUGUGGUCCCUCGGCAAGGUGAUGGACACCCCGGAGGUCACCCGCGUGUAUGUGGGUUCUUUCUGGGACGAGCCGCUGGCGAACAAAGAGCUGAGCAACCUCUUCGAGCUAGAGAUGGACGACCUCAUUAGGCAGAUUGAGCAGCUGCCACGAAGCUCCUCGGUGCAGAAGAUCAAUGAUUUGAGCAAGCGCGCCCGGAUGGUGAAGUCACACGCGCUGCUGCUCGAGGAAAUCCGCAGCCAGAUGCCCACGAUGUGGGGCCACGCCGAGAAGCAGCAGGAGCUCAUCAACCGUCUGCCGAAGCUGGCGCAGGGCAUCGCCAGGCGCCACCAGAUCUCCGUGGGGGACUUCCCGAACCUCGAGGUGAUGGGCGACAAGCUCUCCGCCAUCGACUGCUCGCAGGUCCAGCGCCUGGCCCCCGAGAGGGUGAGCCAGCUCAACGCCCUGCUCUCCGAGGGCAUCCCGGAGCUCCUGGCCAUGGUGCCCGCGGAGCAGCGGUGGGCCGGCCCGCGGGGGGGCCCCGGCCAGCCGGCGGAGCCGUGA